AGUGUAACCGGCUUUAUUUAGUCUGUCGUGUUGUCUGGCCAGUGAGACAGCUCGCAGUCUGUGCGGAGGACAGAGGGAGGGUGGAAGGGUGAGCUGUCAGGAGGAGCAGUGGACAGGUCUGUCCAUUUUCCCGGUCUUCCUGCUGAGCCGUCUGUCCAUCACACUGAUAGAGCUGCCUGCAUUUUGUGGAUUUAUCUCAGUGUGAGUGACACCUGGGAAGGCAAGGGAGCCCUGAGUGGAUAGGCAGGAGUCUGCUUUCCCCCUCCGUCCCUCCUGUGUGUGUGGAUGACCUGUGCACCUCUAGUCUGUUCCUCAGCAACAUGCACAAGAUGAAGAACUUUAAGAGGCGUUUUUCUCUUUCUGUUCCUCGCACUGAGACCAUUGAGGAGAAUGAGUUCACUGAGCAGAUAAACCAGCUCAACAUACAGCACACUCAGGGCCUGACUCCAGACAGGCUGGGCCCUCCAUUUCAUGAUGCCAGUCCUUCAAGCCCUGAGCCAACAACACCGGGAGCUCAGUCUCCGUCCCACCUCCACUUCCACAGCAAGGCCCAGCACAGACGUUUCUCCAUGGAGGACGUCAGUAAGCGCAUGUCUCUGCCCAUGGACAUCCGCCUGCCCCCAGAGUUUCUCAAGAAACUGCAGCUGGAGAGUGAAAACUCACCGCUCUGCAAACCUCUCAGUCGCAUGUCUCGACGUGCUUCACUGUCUGAUAUAGGCUUUGGGAAACUGGAGACAUACGUGAAGCUCGGCAAACUGGGUGAGGGGACGUAUGCCACAGUGUUCAAAGGGCGAAGCAAACUAACAGAGAACCUGGUGGCAUUAAAGGAGAUUCGGCUGGAGCACGAGGAGGGAGCACCUUGCACUGCUAUCAGAGAGGUUUCUCUGCUGAAGAACCUGAAACAUGCCAACAUCGUCACGCUGCACGACAUCAUCCACACCGACCGCUGCCUCACUCUGGUGUUUGAGUAUCUAGACAGUGACCUUAAACAGUACCUGGACAACUGCGGGAAUCUCAUGAGCAUGCAUAAUGUCAAGAUCUUCAUGUUCCAGCUGCUGCGCGGUCUGUCCUACUGUCACAAGAGGAAAAUCCUCCACAGAGACCUAAAACCUCAGAACCUGCUCAUCAACGACAAGGGCGAGCUGAAACUGGCUGACUUUGGUCUGGCGAGGGCCAAGUCUGUCCCCACAAAGACCUACUCCAAUGAGGUGGUAACUCUAUGGUAUCGACCCCCUGACGUGCUGCUGGGCUCAACAGAAUACUCCACACCCAUCGAUAUGUGGGGCGUGGGUUGUAUCUUGUAUGAGAUGGCAACAGGUCGUCCCAUGUUUCCUGGCGCCACAGUGAAAGAGGAGCUACACUUAAUUUUUAGGCUUCUGGGCACUGCAACAGAAGAGACUUGGCCUGGUAUCAGCAGUAAUGACGAGUUUCGCUCUUACCUCUUUCCUCAAUACAGACCUCAAGCUCUCAUCAACCAUGUGCCCAGGUUGGACACAGAGGGGAUCGAGCUGCUGUCUGCUCUGCUGCUGUAUGACACCAGGAGCAGAAUCUCCUCCGAAGCCGCUCUACAUCAUCCCUACUUCCUGAGUCUGGGGGAUAACAUACACAAUUUGUCAGACACUGCUUCAGUGUUUUCCCUCAGGGAGGUGCAGCUCCAGAAGGACCCAGGCCAUCGCAGCUCAGUGUUUCAGCCUUUAAGUCGAGGAAAGAACCGCAGACAAAGCAUCUUCUAGUGGUCACAGAGGAGGAUCAGAGAGAGACAGAGAAGAGGAGCUGCCUUUUCAGACCACAGCUCAGCACACUCACAAGCAUGCUCACCUGUGUGCACACACCUGCAUGUACACGCAAACUCAUGUGCACACGCUCAUUUCUAAGGCAGCUGACCAUGGAGACACACAGGGUUCCUGGAUACAAACUUGUACUGCACUUGAAAUGACUGAGAUGAGAUAUAAUCUUCCUCCACAUGCAUGCAGUACAUGCUUGCACACAUUUGCACAAUCAGCGACACUGAACAUGCUGCCAUUACUUAGCUGCACACACCAGAGAUUUGUAAGUAUCCUGCUGACAACAUCAGGCAUUUCAAGCCAAGAUCUCAACCAUUAGGCUCCUAAGUAAAGCUGCUCUUCUGUAGUGUACACAUAUACGCAAACUUGUAUAAUUUCCAUUCAGAGCACACCCAGGGCUCUAGCCAUUUAAGGUAGCUACCAUAUGUGGAACCAUUAAAUAUAAUCACAGGAGUACAGACGUAAGGGGUGAGGUGUCAGUGGAGGUCGUAAAGUCCACUGACGUCAACUUGUUUCCAAAUUUUGCUGAAUGUUUGUGCUACUAAAUUUUAAGCUUGUCUCUACACCAAAAUGUAGCUUAAAGGUACACUCUCUGAUUUUAUUGUGGCACCUCCGAAUUGUAAAAUGUCCUCCCAGCUCAAAAUUUAAGAAGUUCUGAGGUCAUAAAUUCUUCAAAUGCAGCCAUGGCAGCUCUUUAGAAAAAUAUGACCAGAAACCAAAGAAAAGGUUUCAAUUUUUUUUUUUUUCUCAAUAAACUGUUAAGUAGUGCUAUAUGUAUCCUCAUCUUAAAGUCUAAAUGGUGAUUCAAAGGUUAUGCCAGGACAAAACUCAGUGGGAGAAAUGCUAAAUAUUCUAUUAUUUUGGGCACAUUUAAACACACAAUACCAGCUUAUAAAAUGCCAAAAGUUCCCUCAGGUUGCUGUAACCCUUCAAAUUCACAGAAGGAACAUGGUAAUGGUGGCUAGGGCCUUGAAUGCUGAUAGGCACUUGCUAAAUAACAAAGAGCGUGAGCAUUUAAACAAUUUAUGUCUUUGAUAGCUAUAAAUGAGUUAACAGGCUACUUAAGCAGUAAAAUGUCAGCCCAGUCACCAAAAGAAAAUGUUGACAUUGUAGGUUUCUGCAAGCCACUGAUACGUUACAUUUAUACAUUUCAUUUGUAUCAUAUCAAUGUUUCUAAAAUGACGUAUUAUAUGACUUUGUCAUCGGGAGCUGGAGGGUACAGGGAAUGGUGUGACACGGCGAGACACCUGCCAAACUGCAAACCACUGUUCGAGACCAACAAACAACAGAACCUCUUGUUAUUUAGCGACUCAUU